UUAGGUAACAUCAAGUCUCGUCCCAUGCCUGUUGCAUUACACAAUUUGCUUGCUCCCAGAUGAUGUCAUUGAGCCCCGGAGCUGAGCCCUGAUUUGCUGUGUUUCUUUGCAAGGGAGGCGGCCCCUCGGCAAGGUGUAUCUUGUGAAAGGGAGCGCCGGCUUUAGCAGGAGUCGAUAGCUAGUGACAGCACCACCUGCGGUGUGUAACUGCCCUGGACUGUGAACUCGAGGCUUAGGAAGUUAACAACAAGCAAACAACCAAAGAAAAUAAACAGAAGGUCGCAAGAGCAAGAGAGGUGAACAUUGUGGAGAAAGUGUGCCCGCCUGUCUUUGCUUUAUUCGCGGAUGUGAAAACGUGUUUGUCCUCGUUGGCUGGAUCCUCUAGAGUAAGAUGCCGAGUGAGAUCGCGCCCACUGCAAGCAUGCCGCCCGAGGCGAGUGUCUCUCUGCCGCUCAGGCUCCUGACCAAAGGUCCUGGCUACCUCCGCAGUCAAAUGGAGGGAGACAGGCGGGGACGGCAGAGCGCUGUGGAGAGAUUGGCCGCCGACAAGUCCAAGUACGUGAAGAGCCAGACGGCGAGGGGGUGCAAAGUGGAGCCCAAUGGUUUGGGCAGCUCUGCCUCCGAGGAAGGCAGCAGCAGCGGCAGCGGGGCCAGCAGCAACACGAAGACUUACCUGGCCGCCGGCAGCCCACAGCAAAGCGGGCAGCUGGGGCUCCCAUCUGAAAUUGUGCGUCGCUCCAGCUCCAAGAGGCUGCUCAGGCCCGACUCGCUGGUCAUGUACCGGCAGAAGUGCGAGUUCGUGCGGGGAGCGGCGACCACCAACAGCGCCCGCAGUUUCAAGGGCAGUGGCAACCUAGUCCGGCGGCUGCUGCCCGGCUCUAGCGGCCGGGGCGACAAGCAGCAGGGGCCGGCAACGGGAGCAGCAACGUCGGAAGGGGGAAAAUUGGCAGAGGGUACAGAGGCUGCAGCACCCCACGGUACACAAGUAUCCACACCAGCAGCACUCCAGAGACAAACAGCAGCCUCGCCAGCAGCACGCCGGGGUGCACAAAUAUCCACACCAGCAGCAUCGCCAGCAACACCCCGGGGUUCACAAGUAUCCACACCAGCAGCACUCCGGGGACAAACAGCAGGAUCGCCAGCAACACCCCGGGGUGCACAAGUAUCUACGCCAGCAGCACCCAAGGGUGCAUCGGUAACCACUCCAGCAGCACCCCGGGAAGCAGCAGCAGCCACGCCAGCAGCAUCGCAGGAUACACAGGUAACGACGCCAGCAGCGCCCCGAGAAGCAGCAACAGGUCGCCCCAAGGAGCCGCUCAAGCGGCGGGUUGGUGAAGGCGGAUUGCGGCGCUCGCACUCCGACCUCAGCUGCCGCUUCUCCCGAGCCUGCUCGGGCUUGGACAGUUUCUUCGAGCACUGCGGACUCGAGCCCGAGGUGAUCGAGAACCUGGCCGGGGAGAAGUUUGCCACCGACGCCGCCUUCGAAAGCCUUGCCCUCAAGUUCCGCAGCGUGAGCUGCCCAGACUCGGAGAGCGAGCCGUCCCGGCACAGCAGCAGCGAUAGCGGCAACGAGCCGCUCCGGGGCAAGAACAAGCCCCCGUCCUCUGCCCUCUCGGUCAUCGAGCGCAACGCCAGGGUCAUCCAGUGGCUGUACGGCUGCAAGAGGGCCAAGGAGCCCAAAGGCAAGGCUCCCUCUGUCCUGGUGUAGAACGGCUGAUUCGGGAUGAGGACUUUCUCCUCGAUCCAUCUAUGCAUUGUAAGAUCGGAAGGUGCCUUCGUGCUAAGUAGAGAAGAGGGUGCCCAGAAAACUUGUUGUUGGGGUCCUGUAGCGAAAGCAGCAAGAACUGUGGAGGCCACGGCGCGGAUUUGGGGGCAAACCGGUGAUUGUGGUUAGUGUUUCACGCCCCCAACCACCCCUCUCAUUGCAAGUGAUAAAGACUGUUAAAGCGUAGUCUCCGCUACGCAAUGGGAAAUUAUUUGAAAGAAAUGCCCUAAACACUUUUUGACAUAUACUCUGCUGGGGUGAAUUUCGGGUCUUACGGAGUAAAGAUUCGGGUGACAUUAUGUUGUUAUUUCAUUUUGUUAAUCAGUCUUCUCAAGAAACUAAGCAGGGAGUUGAGUGUGAAUAUUAAAUUAACUUGUCGGCGUUGUCACUUGUCAAGUUUCACUUUCUCCAAGAAAAAUAAACUGGCACACGCCUGUUGGCAAAUACCACUGCGGUGUAAUUCAAGAGUCAAGUUUGAUUGUCAUGUGCACUGUGACCGGAAGAAUAAAAUUCACGGGCCAUUACCUGCUUGAACUGGUUCAGUUACAG